AUGAAGAUGGAGCACCCCAGUCGGGCCUCGUUUGACCGGGUGCAGGCCGACCCCUCUCUGCCUGAGAAGGACGCCGCACUGCGAGCAGAGUUUGAGGCGGCACCCUGGCUGCUGCCACCGCGCACCCCGGUGCUCGAGUAUGCGGGAGUGCACGAGCUGGACAGGCUGCUGGAGCUACGGGCCAGGCCCAUCGGCGCGCACCCAAAGACCGUCACGCUGCUCACCUUUUCAAGGCGCCUGGCUGUCAUGAUGCAGAACUGCAUCUACUCCAUGGUCAAGUUUGGCGGCGUGCGCAACUACAUAGUCGCCGCCUGGGACCCCGGAGACCUGGCGGCCUGCGCCGACCUCAACCUGCCCUGCGCCGACGUGGCCGCCUUCCUGCCUGAGCCCAUGGACAGGUCGAGGGAUGCAGGCCUGACCGGGUCCCAUGAUUAUCUGACAGGCCACGCCGUGCUUUCCACGGACAGCGACGUGGUAUACAUGGUCAAGCCAGUAUGGGCGAGCUACCUGCGGUUUGUGGAGGAGGCCGGCGCCGAUGCCGCCUUCCAGGCGGAGGGUGGCAUCUUCAAUGGCGGCAACUACGUGAUGCUGCCCACUCCCGCCAGCAUCGCCUUUGCCAGGCGCUGGGCGGCCAUGGCGCCUCGCAUGCUGCGGGAGCGCAACCACGACCAGGAUGGGCUGGCAUACAUGGCACGGUCGGCGUGGGCGGCCUGCGAGGCGCGGGGCGAGUGCCACGCGGCGCGCGCCAAUAUCACCAGCAGCGGUGCCAGGGGCGGGCCCAUCCUCAUCCGCGCCUUCCUGCCCAGCUUCUUUGCUUACCUGGACGAGUUCUGCGGCCUGGCUGCCGGGCUGGAGGUGCCCCUGAUAGACCCUUGCGACUGGGCUGUCAUGUUCCUGCACCCCGUCUGCACAGACCAUGCCGGCAAGCUGGCCCUGUUUAGGCGCCAGGGCUUCUGGUUCAUAGACGACGGCAAGGCCUCGGGCGGGAAGGAGGGGCUCUGCGCCAACACCACCGGCGCCAGCCACGUGCAAGCGUGCCUCCCGCGGCGGUGGCGCGUGCCUAGCACAGAGCUGCCCCUGUACAGCUGCCCAGAGUACAGCUUAGGGCUGACGCGCGUGCGGCAGACGGCUUCGCCUGCCGCCGGGGCCUGGCUGCGCGUGGGACCUGCGGCGCGCCCAGCGCCCCCGCCGCCGCCCACCUUUGCGUCCGCCCACACUCUGCACGCCAUCACAUUUGUGACCCGGGAAUACCUGGCAGACCCCACCGUGCUGCGCAUGUGGCGGGUGGCCAGCAAGCUGGGCACCCAAGUGCAGCCCCUGGUGCUGGACAGCCUGCAGGCGGGCGAGUUCUCCCAGGUUGCCUGGGGCAUGCGGCUCAAGGCGCUGCGCGACUUUGCUGCCCGCCUGACCAGGCGCGACAUCGUGCUGAUGGCGGACGCCAGGGAUGCCCUCAUCGGGGCCUCCCCCGAGGCGCUCCUCGACACAUACAACGACACGGUGGGCGGGCAGCGGCUGGUGCUGUUUGGGGCCGAGCCCCAUUGCUGGCAGCACGACCUGUGCCCCCCGGAGGUGGUGGAGGGCUACCCGGAGACCGGCACGCCCUAUCGCUUCCUCAACGCCGGCACCGUGAUGGGGCCCGCCGACGUCAUUCGCCGCCUGCUAGAUGCCAGCAUCGACUGGGCCGCCGACACCGCCCACCGCCAGCCCGGCUUCCACGACCAGGGCUUCCUGCACGGCCUGCUCAAGGCCGGCCCGCAGCGGCGCCUCAUGGCGGUGGACAGCCGCUGCCGCGUCUUCUGCGCCUUCUUCAGCCGCCAGCACGACCUGGCGUGCACCAGGCGCGGGUGGCUCAACACCUACACCGGCACGUACCCGCUCAUCCUGCACGGCAGCGGCUUCCUGGCGGAGUUCGUGGUGGGCACGGUGCUGCCCACCUACGAGCGGCUGAGGCCUGGUUCACGUACCUUCCAGGUGAAUGUGUGGGUGAGGCUGCCUGUGUAA